AUGGUGUGCUCCCUGACCAACCGCAAAGCACCCGGGGAAAGCGGCGAAGCCCUUGCGGACCACCAGCGGAGACUCUUGAGCGGAGAGCAGGCGGCCAGGAUGUCGCUGAGCGAGGCCCACCGUCGGAGCAGCAGCCACCUGGACGGGGGGGAGCGCAGCUCCUCGGCGGGGUCCUCGUUGGGCUCUUGUUCGCCGCCCCCGUCCUCGGGGAGCUCGCCGCCCCCCCAGAGGCCGCCCUGGCUCCACGACCUGCACGCGGCCACCUCGCCCCAUGUCCUGCAGUUCCUGAACCUGAGCGCGGCCGCGGCCUCCGGGGGUGGCAUGCUCGCCAGCCAGCCGCUGGCCGCUCUUCACUCGAUGGCCGAGCGCAGCCACCACCAACAGCAUCACCAGCCCCACGCCGCCCUCCAGCUCUCCACGCCGCCCGGCUCCCUCUCCGCCCAGAGCCAGGAGCAGGCCUCGCCCAACGGCAGCGGCAAGUACAGCCCGGCCACCUCCGUUAGCUCCGUCGGCAACAACCCCCACGGCAUCGAUAUGAUCCUAUCGAGACCCACCGCCGCUCAUCCCCAGCAGGCCCCCGUGCCCAUGGGCCACGCGCUGCCCGCCAACGCUGCCCAGCACCCGCAGACGCUCGCCGCGCCGCGCUACGCCAUGCACGCGGGGUUCACCGCCUCUGCCGGAAUCGGUCAGUUCCAACAAAGGACGGAACCGAGACAUCCUGCCGUCUACUGGCCUGGUCUUCAGGGUUUGGUCAGCGACCCCUUGGCAUGGCGAGCCAGAUUGCAUACACUCUCGCAGCAGCUGGGUUGUCAACAGGCCAUGACAGGAGCUGGUGGAGGCGGUGUCGGGGAACACGAGGGGAGUAAGAAGAAACACACGAGACCGACGUUCAGCGGCCAACAGAUUUUCGCCCUGGAGAAGACGUUCGAGCAAACCAAAUACCUGGCUGGCCCCGAACGAGCGAAACUGGCGUACGCCCUGGGCAUGUCGGAGUCUCAAGUCAAGGUCUGGUUCCAGAACCGGCGAACCAAGUGGCGGAAGAAGCACGCGGCCGAGAUGGCCACGGCCAAGAGGCGGCAGGAGGAGGUCGAGGGGAUCGUCGCGGAAGCCGAGGCCUCGGCCGAGGACGGGUGCAGCGACGCCGAGGCCGAGGGAAACGGCGAGACUGCGGCCAAGAGGCUCAGGAGAGAGCUCGAGCACCAGUACGGGCCGUGA